AUGCCGUCCUCAAACAAUCGAUUCUCUUCUUUCAACCCCGCUGGUGCCGUUACAAUUCCCAGCGAAGGACCCUCUAACUCUCGCCGGGGUUAUGGUCGCGGAGCUAGGUCUCACCCACCCCACCGUGGUAACGGUCCGGAACGUUACCCAAACAACUCAAACCGAGGUUACGUCAAGUGGAGGGCCUCUGCUCGUCGUGGAAGAGCUAGCAACCACCGGGGGAGGGGAGAUCACCACUUCGAGCAUGCCUACCCGCCUCAUCAAACCCACCAUUCCCUUACUCAAGAGGACAACACCACCAGUCACUACCACCAAUAUCUCUCUCAAAACCAACAUCAAAACAACCCGCGGCUUGGGUUUGCCCGCACAAAACCCCCUCGACAAGUGAAAAGGGGUGUCGACCGUGAAGGAGACUGUCAUAUGACAGGGACGCCAUUUAUUUAUCCUCGCCCAUUAUGGAUUCAGAUGCAACGGGAUAUUGAAGAAGAGGAAAAACUGAGACAACGACAAGUACCACAGCAAUCAGAGUUGGAGAAACAACUCGACUACAUCAUCAACGAAACCGGCUUCGACAAACCACUCAAUAACGGCUUCGGCAAUCCAAUCAGCAACGGCUUCGUCAAUCAAAUCAACAACGGCUUCGUCAAUCAAACCAACAGCGGCUUCGUCAAUCCGUUCCCGCAAGGCUACGGCUUGCCGAUAGUCGAAGACCUCAUCGAUACGCCCAUGUCCGACGCACCUCAAAACCACGCCAACUACAAGCGAUACAACAUCCGACGCUUCUCCCGCGCAGCCCUCCUUUACAACAACAUGGGCUGCAGGGGCCGCCGCAGCGGACCCCGCUUCGACAAUUACUUCUAA